AGCAUUUUGCUUCUGUCGUUAAACACAACAAUUGUUAUUUACUUUUCGGAACAACAGUCCUAACAUUCGCUUAAUUAAAAAGAAAAAGUUUAUCCAAAUACUCCAAAAAUGGGUGAACGCAAGGGUCAGAACAAAUACUACCCCCCGGACUAUGAUCCGAAGAAGGGCGGCCUUAACAAGUUCCAGGGAACCCAUGCCUUGCGGGAACGCGCCCGUAAGAUUCACCUUGGGAUCAUCAUCAUCCGUUUCGAGAUGCCCUACAAUAUUUGGUGCGAUGGAUGCAAGAACCACAUCGGCAUGGGUGUCCGCUACAAUGCAGAAAAGACCAAGGUUGGAAUGUACUACACAACUCCGAUCUUCAAGUUCCGGAUGAAGUGCCACUUGUGCGACAAUCACUUUGAGAUUCAAACGGACCCAGGAAAUCUUGACUAUGUGAUACUCUCGGGAGCACGACGGCAGGAGAACCGCUGGGAUCCUUUGCAAAACGAGCAAGUUGUACCAGAAACCAAGGAGGUUCAGAAGCGCCUUUUCGACGAUGCUAUGUACAAACUGGAACACCAAGCUAAAGAUGCCAAGUCAGCAGCAGAUGCGAAGCCGGUGCUCCAGAAGCUGAUGGAACGCAAUAUGAGUGUCUGGGAUGAUAGCUAUGUGGCAAAUUGUCGGCUACGUGCCGAAUUCCGCGAACAGAAAAAGGAAAUCAAGGGUCAGCAGGAGCUGGAUCGCCAGUUGCUAGCCAAAAGUAGUCUCGACAUUGCCCUGCUACCCGAAACUAAUCAGGAUCGAGAAAUGGCCGCUCUUAUGAAGCUGCAGACCAAGUCAGCGCUGGAACGGGAAUCCGAGCAGCGGUUGGAGCUUCUGAUGCGACCAGCGCUGCCAGGAGCAACAGCCACCACUUUUGGUGGCCUCAAGCGGCAAAAGGUGCUAAACAAUCAGCUUCAACUGCAGGAUUUGGGCAUAAGACGCAGAAAGUUAGACGAAACUGUGGCUUCAACUUCGACUUCGAAACCCCAGAGCUUGGUGGUGGACUACUCCUCCUCAGACAAUGAUUCCAACGGCUGAACCCACAAGCGAUUUUUUUUAUACAUAAUACAUUAUUUAUUAAAAACACAACGUUGUACCAACAGUA